AUGACAAAUGCAACGCCUCCUAGCGUACAUGGUAAAACGAGUAUUAAAAAGGGGUUGAAAGACUCUUACAAUUUGUUAAAAGUUAAUCGUAUACCUUCAUCAAGCAAGUCAACCGUUGAGAAUGAGAAGAACAAAAAGGAGAAGAAAGGUAUUCGGUUAAAAACUAACAUGAAAGCUUAUUUGGAAGUGACAAGGCAAGGUCUUGAGAGGAUAGCUUGGUCUUCUACUACUAAACACAAUAAGCUAAAAAUAACGAUUAAGGAAAACAUGCAGACAAUCAAUGAUUCAUGUCUAGAGGAACAACAGCCCACCAUUCAUCGAUUACCCAAAUUUAACAAGGUUAAUUUUGUGGCUGCUGUGCCACAAAUUAAUCAUAAUAAUGUCGGCACAAAAGAAACGCUUGAACAAGUGCAAGAGAUGCAUCAGCUUAUCAAUCGAUUACAAGAAAUGUUGGAACAAGAAAGCAAAAACCUAUCCGAACCUGCGAAAAAUCUUUUAUUCAUUCAUAAUCAAUUGUUUCAAUUAGAAUUAUCAAGAGAUAACACGAUGCAAGAAGCAAGCACAGUAUCACAAGAUGUUAUUGGUACAUUAAAGGGUUACUUUAACCAAUUGGAUAAAUUUUCUCAUCAUUUCACAAAUUAUCUUUUGGAUCUGUCAAGGACUUUAAUCUUCUUAGCUAAAAGUGGACAAGCGUCAACAACCAUCGCUAGUAUAGUUAAAAUUAUCGAAAAAGAAGAAGCGGAAGACGGACGCGUAUGUGAUGGUUCAUUGUUUAAAGUUCAUGAAGAUUAUCAUCCGGGAAAUCAACGCGAUUCUAAUUUAGAAACCGGCAAAAAUAUUGCACGUACAAUAAAAUCAUAUAAAAGUAAAUUUUUAGAACAAGUUCACAAUUCGAUCGGUGAAGUUUUUAAAGGAACCCUUCAAAAGUGUAGCGAAUUACCGUUACAACUGUUGUUAGAACAAUUGGAUUUCAUUUAUAUUGAUUUAAAAUUGGUGAAAAAUGAGAUUGAUCCCCUCUUUCCUUCACAUUACAAGUUGCUUUUAUUAUUUGUGUUGGAGUAUCAUCGGAAUGUUCAUCUGUGUAUGGAGGAAGUUCUACAUACUGACCUUGACGCGGGAUCGAUUCUGACAUUAAUUAGGUGGGUACGACAUUACUAUACAUUUAUGGAUCAAGAAAUGCACCAAUCUGAAGACUUGUUGGAACCAACGUUGUUGGGUGGGCGAGAACAGGAAUUGAUUGAUGAUUGUCUUAAGAUGAUGCGUAGUCAAUUUCAAGAAUGGAAAACGAAUCUGAUAGAAAGCGAUAUUAAGGAAUUUACACAACGUCAAGAUCAACCGGAAUUAGGUUCAAAUAAUUUAGCAGGGUUACCUGGUGUUCCUGUUUUGAUUGACAUGGUAAGACAGCAAAUAAACGUGGCAACGGAAUUUGCAAACCAUCAAUUACUGACCGACGUAAUAAAUUAUUGUUGUGAGGUAAUGACAGAAGCUCAAUUGAUAUGGAUUGACUUGAUGAAAUCCGAAUUUCAGCGACAUUUGGAUAAUCAAGAGGAAACUCCCGAGGGACUUGUCAUAUAUAUCGUUGCUUUGGCCAAUGGACAACUUGAUUUCUCCAAAUUUUUAAAACAAUUUAAAUUACCAUUACCUGAAGGAUAUAUCAAGAACGUUACCGAAGUACUUAAUAAUGUGAUAAACGGUUUCUUUAAUGUCGUGACGAAUGCUAUCAAUACCAUCUUGGGUAUUGUAUAUAAUGACCUCAAGAAACCUUUUAGAGAAUUACACACGACAAAAUGGUACGAAAGAGAUACAAUGGCCGAGAUUAUCUUUACUCUCAAAGAUUACACGGAGGAAUGUCAUUCACACCUAAACCCUGAAGUUUUUCAUCAUUUAAUAGCCCGCGUACUUGAUCAAUUUGUAAUAUCAUAUAUAGAAUCAAUGCGUAAUAGAACCGUUAAAUUUAGGAUGCCACAUUGUAUUGAUAAGAUGAAACAGGAUAUUUGUUCGGUGUCAGAAUUUUUUGGACAAUAUUUUGACGCGCGCGAAUUAAAUUCACAACUAGAUGUAAUUCAUAAAUUACAUAACUUCUUGGGUACUUCUAAAGAAUUAGUUUAUUUGGAUUAUUAUGCACUUCGAAAAGCUUAUGGUGAUUGCCCAAGGAAAUAUUUGAAAAUCAUCUUAUCAAAAAGAGAUGAUCUUAAUCUAUUUUCGGUGAAAAAAAUUAAUAAGAUACUUAAGGAUAAGGCCGCUGAAGCUGGCGAAUAUACCGGCGAACCAACUGUAUUUAGUAAAAUCAUUAUUAAAGAUUUAGAGGGAAAUGCUCGUGAUGAAUUAAAAGGUGAUUUUAAUGAAGUUUUUCAUAAUAUGAAAUUACAUUCAAUAAAAAAAAUCAUCUAA